AGAAAACGGCUCAGUUCACUUUGGCGAUAAUACACUAAAGUCGUUUAGUAAUUACAGACGAAACAACAAACGAACGACACUAUCGAUAGUGGCAAUAAAAGGCAAACCAUCGAUACUAUAGAUAGUGCCAUCGAUAUUUUUCCAGCUCUACUGUUGAUAUCUAAUUAUAAACAAUUUUUUUGGUAAAUACACGUAAUUCUUACAAAAUUGUUUUUUAGUAAAGUUAUAAUAAAAUGCCUAUUGAUGCACGAGAAUUAAUGGAGGCAAUUUCUAUAAUUGCCAAUCAGCGCAAUGUACGAGUGACCGCGAAACAGGCUGGAAAAGGAGCUAUGGUUUGUGCAGCGAGUGCUUUUGCAGGGGGAUUAUUGCUUGGUCCUUUAGGUUUAGUUGUUGGUAGUACCGCCGGUGGCUUGAUGGCAUAUAAAAUGACUAGUGGCACCUUCCGACCGUUAGCUGAUGUAUUGUUAAAUGAUUUAACGGAUCGACAACAAGAGCAGUUAGUGCGACAUGUCAACAAUGCAGUUGCUCAAUUCGAAAUAUCCGAUUUGGCACUAUUGCUGCCGUUGAUAAUGAACAACGCAAGCAUUCAACAAGCAGUUUUGAAGACGGCGAUUUCGUUUGUAUCAAAUGAGCUAAACCUGCAAAUAAUCGACUGACCUUUAGGUAUUAUAUGGGUUGCUAGGGAACAUUUAACGCAAUUGGGCACAAUAUUUCUAAAAAGCUGUUUGUAUAUAACAUUACUUGCUUUUUAUUCAUGCGUAUUGUUCUUAGUUUUUGUUUAUGUUAAUGUAUUCAAAAGUUAAGACGCAAAAAUAUUAACGCGAACAGUAAGCAUAAAGUAAUUUUCAUUUUUUAU